AACGGCUUAAACCGAUAACCAUAUUUUAGGCUUAUCAACUCAAAACAAGUAAGAGCAAUAAAAAAAAAAAAACGGAGCAAAAGGUGCGUGGGUGUAACGAGAACGAGAACAGUUAAUAAUAUUAACAAAUAUGUGCAUAGAUACAAAUGUAUACACCAGCGCAUAUAUCGCCAAAUAAACAUAAACGAACGUCGUCGUAAGAUUUAUUUAUGGAUUAAUCGGGGCCUUUGUUACGCUCUCACUCUCUCUUCUUAUAUCUCUCUCUUGCUGUUGGUGCUGGUGCUCUUUUGCUGCUGCUGCUCUCACUCUCCAUCUAUCGCCCUCUCCACGUAUAUACGUGUUGUUUGUGGAAUUCGCAGCAUUUAAAAUACAUACAAACAUUAUUUGUUAAGUCGUGGAACGGAAGACAACAUCAGAAGCUCUCGUCUCGUGGAAUAAAUAUCUGGGCGAAGCGGAAUCAGAAUAACCUUGGGGCGUGUGUAAUAUUCAUUUAUACCCGCGCGCCCAGUGUCCAAAGAAUUUUAGAGUGGAGGAGCAUACAACAUCUGGCGAGAUAAGGGCCAGCCCCUGCCCACCCCCGUCCCAUCCUAGUGGUACAUAAUUAUUGCAAAAAAACAUACACAGACACACACAUACGCACACACAUCGGACAGAGUCACCCAGCUAGAGAACCUCGGAACGUGUAGAAUUUUUCAACGCCUAUAACGCCCACAACACCUACACAAUGAUUCAUGUGGGCGAAAACACCUGGAACCUGCGGAUUCUGAUCACAGAUUUGCAGGUGGAGAAGACUCUUCGGGUCAAGGGUGACCAGCACAUUGGUGGUGUGAUGCUGCAGCUGGUGGAUCCGGAAAUGCCCAAAGAUUGGUCCGAUCAUGCCUUAUGGUGGCCAUCGAAAAAUAUAUGGCUAACACGGACGCGCUCGACCCUCGAUCAGGCUGGUGUCCAAGCGGAUUCAUUUCUCCAUUUUACACCCAUGCACAAAACAUUGAGGGUUCAGUUACCCGAUUUGCGUUACCUGGAUUAUCGUGUUAAUUUCUCGUCGAAAACAUUUGGAGCUGUAGUCAGUCUAUGCAAAGAUUUGGAUAUACGCUAUCCGGAAGAGUUGUCGCUCUGCAAACCAUUGGAGCCAGAACAUUUGAAGAAGAAUUUUUCCAAGUUGCCGCAAAAGAAAAUUGCCAUAGCCGAACCCAAUGGGGUAUCUUAUCUUCAACCAGCACCAGAUACCAACUCAUUUUUGCCAAUAACAGCAUAUAAUGGCAGCCAGGGGAGUUUGGAUCGUUCAAAUAAUGGGAAUUUACUGUGUGCCCCUGCCUCGCCGUAUGGAACGACGCCAAGGCGAGCUGCCACAGCUCCAGGAACUCCUAUUAGUUCUCCCACUGGGACCUGGAAGCAUAGUACCAAUGGAUAUGCCAGCUACGAUUCGAAUUCCAGCAGUUUUGGUGAUUUCCAAGAGAAUUUGGCCGUCUCACCGCGUUCACCUAGUCCAGAUGUGAGGGCGCGCUUGAUGAGGCCCAAGACAUUGGUAGAGAAGGCCCGUCUUAAUGUUGGCUGGCUGGACUCUUCGCUCUCUAUUAUGGAACAAGGCGUUAGAGAAUAUGAUACGCUUUGUCUGCGCUUCAAAUAUUUCACUUUCUUUGAUUUGAAUCGAAAAUACGAUCAAGUUAGAAUUAAUCAGUUGUACGAGCAAGCCAAAUGGAGUAUUCUAAAUGAGGAAUUGGAUUGCACCGAAGAGGAGAGUUUGAUGUUUGCUGCUCUCCAGUUUCAGGUAAAUCGCCAAACGGAUUUAAAUCCACCUGGCAUCGAUUCAGGCAUAGAUUCAUCAAGUCAAGAGAACGGAGGCGAUGACGAUAUCGAUUCGGCUCUAAACGAGCUUCAGAUCACAUUGGAGGGACCAAAUAAUGGACAGGAUGUUGGCAAUAUAACACGCAUUCCGGAACUCUCCGAUUAUUUGAGAUUCCUGAAACCUCAGCGUUUCACGCUGAAAGGAUAUAAGCGUUACUUCUUCACCUAUCGCGACUUGCAUUUACAUCUGUACAAGACGCAGGAGGAAUCCCGUAGAGGAGCACCCACAAUUAGCAUCAAUUUGCGUGGCUGUGAGGUGACACCAGAUGUACAACUAGCCCAGCGUAAAUUUGGUAUUCGUUUGGAAGUGCCACCAGAGGGCAGAAAUGGACCAAACACAGAGGUCUGGGUGCGAUGCGAGAAUGAAGAGCAAUAUGCCAAAUGGAUGGCCGCCUGUCGUCUGGCAGCCAAAGGACGUUCCCUGGCCGAUAGUUCGUACGAGAGCGAAGUGAGUAGCAUCUGUUCUCUGCUGCAAAUGCAAAAACCCGCCGCCCGUUCCCAGGCAUCGGCAGCCCCACUCAACAUCAACCCCGGCAGUGUAGAACCUCUGGAUUAUUUAUCAACCAAAAUGCUGCGCAAGCUAUCCAGCAGUAAGGCAGUGCAACGUAUUCUUGAGGCUCAUGCCAAUGUUCGUCAAUUGCAGCUUAUGGAUGCUAAGCUAAAAUAUAUUCAGGCCUGGCAAUCUCUGCCGGACUUUGGGGUAACCCUGUUCGUCAUCAAAUUCGAUGGUCAUAAGAAGGAGGAGCUUCUGGGCGUGGCCCAUAAUCGUAUCAUGCGUAUGGAUCUCAACUCGGGAGAUCACAUCAAGACAUGGCGAUAUAAUACCAUGAAAGCCUGGAAUGUCAAUUGGGGCAUUAAAUGCAUGAUGAUUCAGUUCCAUGAUGAGAAUGUUGUCUUUUCUUGCCAAUCGGCCGAUUGUAAAGUUGUACAUGAAUUUAUUGGCGGCUACAUAUUCAUGUCCAUGCGAUCAAAGGAGAAUAAUCAAACGUUAAAUGAGGAAAUGUUCCACAAACUUACCGGUGGUUGGUCAUAAGGGAAGAAAGCACUAUUGCACGAGCAGCGAGAUUACGAGGAUGAAUCAUUAACCAGCAGUUUUACAAGUGCCAAGCACAACUACUUUUCGCAUGUUCUAAAAACAAAACAACAAAAAAAAACCUAAAAAAGAACAAAAAAACUAUAAAAAAAAAAUGAUAAAACAAACAAAAAAGAAAACGUGCCCAGAAAUCUUAAAAAGGGAUUUCCCCGUUUGCCUUCGACUUUGGCAACCAUUUUAACAAUUGUAUUCAUAAUAUGUGUGUAAAUGUUGACAGGAUCUUUUUAUAUAGACUAAUAAUGUUGAUGAAAUAUUGUGCCUUCAUUUUUGCGGAUUAGGAAGCAAUCUUAACACUUAAUACCGAAAACCGCAUUCAAGUCAAAACGCACUAAAACAAAAAAAAAAAAAAAACAAAACAAUGAAACGUAGUCCAAAUGCAGCAGCCUUUUUUUUACAUGUCCGGCAAAAAAAUAA